CGUUUCUAAUAUCAUUGGAUCAACAGAAAGUUACAAUUCGAUCUGCAACAUGACAUGGGAAAGAAAGAUCCAACACAAUUUUCCAGGAGAAAAGCCCAAUAAGGAAAAUGGGUUACUGUUAUUGAGAUUCCUGUCUUAGUCGUCGUGGACUCGUGGUCAGAACUCAGAAGCGGGAGAGCUGUCAUUUGAUUUGCAGAUUUAUUUGGCGCAUCCGCCACAAUUUAUGAUCGCUACCUAGCCCCAGAAGGAAGUCUGCUGCUCAAUAAUGUCCGAAAAUUGGUUCUUUUCAUGCUUUACGGGUUUGGUUAUGCAGGGCCGUUAGCGCACUUGCUGCAAAAGCUAUUGGAUACUAUUUUCAUUUUUCAGGGGGCGAGAAAGAUAAGAAAACCGUCGGCAAGAAGAUGCCUCCUUGAACAACUGAUUGUUUCUCCAUGGAAAAACAUGAUCUUUAUGCUGUACUAUGGCUUGGUAAUGGAAGGCUUACAGCCCUUCAGCUGAGCAGUCUGCAACAUCUCGUUUUUAAUCUUGGGUUUCAAGCUGCUAGUUUGUUCAGUAUCUUUCUUCCUUUUCAACGUUCAUAGCUAGUGUAAUGUUGCUAUUCCUCACUGCAUUGGAAAACCGGGAAGGAUGAUUUUGCAUCUGAAGUGCUAUUGAUCAGUAGGUUGAUUGUAUAGCAAUCGAUAGUGAAAGAGAUGCUGUAGGUCGAUUCUUCAAGGAUUGAGGAACCCCGAUUUCAGUCGUGGAAAAUGAAUGCGAAGUUCAGUC